UUAAACUUUCUAUUUCAAUUUUCAGAAUUGUUAUUAUAACUUUAAGUUAUCCAUUAGCGCAUUAUGGCUACCUCAUCGCGAAGUAAAAAUCCCUUAUGGAAUUAUUUUAAAGUCAGUGAUGAAGAUGUUGGCAAAGCCAUCUGCAUACUUUGCAAGAAGAUUUGUCUAGAGGAAGUAAAGACGCACACAACAUGUCAACAACAAAUUCGCAAAACCAUCUGAAAAAAGUACAUUACAAUAUACAUAGCAUGAUUCUUUCUCAGAAGAAAAUUAUUAACCACGAAUCUUUACCAAAUCCAAAUAAAACGUCUAUAAAACAAUUUUGCACUACUCGAACAAUAUGCUCAGAUAGAACAAGCUCUGCUGAAUCAGUGCAAAUCAUUACCAGCACUGCUACAGAUGAAACGCAGGGAAGCUCGCGUGUGUCUAAUAACACAAUUGCCUUUUUUCAAAAAGCAUCGACACAGGUCUCACUGCGGGAGAUUUUGCAAAGAAAAGAAUUGUGGCAACUUGAUAAUCCUAAGGCUCAAGCUAUUACCAAGCUUAUUGGAGAAAUGAUAUGUUUAGACUUGCAGCCAUACUGUAUUGUUGAAGAUAAAGGUUUUACCCGACUUUUAAAGAAUUUAGCUCCAAACUAUACAAUACCUAGUCGAAAGUAUUUCUCCACAAAAGUCAUUCCACUGAUGUAUGAAACCAUAAAAGCCAAAGUAAAAUAUGAGCUUGAUCAAGCAGAUUUCUUAAGUUUAACUAGUGAUGGUUGGACCUGUCAGCACACAAUUCAAUCGUAUUACAGUUUAACAUCUAGAUUUGUAACGCAUGAGUUUACAGUUAAACAUGUCAUCUUACAAGUUACACACUUCCCUGAGUCGUACACAGGGCACAAUAUAAGUAAAUUCAUAAAUGAAGCGCUACAAUCAUGGGAAAUUCCCCAUGAAAAAAUUCAUGCAGUUUUAACUGAUAAUGCAGCCAAUGUAAUGGCUGCCAUUAAAGAGUCAAAUUUAGGCGAUAAACAUCUUCCAUGUCUGAUACAUACUUUACAACUUUGUAUUCAGAAAAAGAUUUUUAGAGAACAAAGAACAGCAAGUUAUACAAUAGCUGUUUUUCGAGCAUUAGCAGGACAUUUCCACCACUCAUCUAGUGCUGUGGCUAAACUAAAGGAAAUUCAAAGUCAACUAAAAUUGCCAGAGCAUAACAUAAUUCAAGAUGUUUCCACAAAAUGGAAUUCGACAUACUAUAUGCUUGAAAGGUUCAUUGAGCAGAAAAAAGCUAUUACAUUGUAUUGCAUUACCAGAAAUCAAACAAAUGCAAAAAAUCCUACGGAAAAUCAAUGGCAACUUGCUAAAAUGCUUGUAUGCAUAUUAAAACACUUCGAAAGUACUACAAAAGACAUGAGUAAAGAAACGGCAUGUAUAUCAGAGAUUAUACCAUUUAUCUAUGCAAUGGAAAAAUUUCUAGACUACGCUUGUGACACGGCAACUGAAAUAAAAACUGUUGUUGAUGAACUUAAGAAAGAUUUUAACUGUCGUUUUCAAAAAUACAAGGAUAAUGUUGAUUUAAAAAUCGCGAUGAUGCUUGAUCCUCGUUUCAAGUUAAAGUUUGUUGAAGACAAGAAUCAUAAUAUGUUUAAAGAAAUACUCCAUUUAGAGUUCUACCGUUUUUGUUCCAAAUCUCAUUUAGAACAAGUAAAAGAAAUUGAAUUUGGUGUAGCAAGAGGUAGUGGAUCAGACUCAGAAGAAUCAUUAAGUUCAUUUUCAGAAUCUAAAAUUCAUGAGUCCGACUCAGAUUUUGAUGGCCAUGGCUCUCCAUUAAAAAAAAAAAAAAACUAAUGAGCAUGGACAUAUAUAGCUUGUUCCACCAAAUCGGUGCAAAUGAGUAUGCUCUACAAAAUUCAGAAAAUUCUGACAGACGGAGAAAAAAGAAAAAAAACACUAUCAAAAACAGUUCAAUGG